AAAAAAAAUCAAAGACUAAAAUUAAAAAAAAAACAAAUUUUUAAAACUUUAUGAAAAAGUGUUUGUGAAAUGUUAAAAAAUUUUCUAGUCUUUCAAAAUAAACAUAUUUAAAGGAUUAUUAUACAUCAAAGGAAAAGCUAGUCAGCAAACAUGCAUCAACCACAGCAUCUUUAUAGUGAUCUCAAUACUUCAUUUACCUCGGAGGGUACGGAUAUAUCCUACGAUUCCGACUCAACAUUUCACAUUUACAAUGAACUACAAUAUCCUGCGCAACAACAGCAGCAGCAGCUGCAGCAGCAUCAACAACAAGCAUCUAACACUCCAGCCAUUAAUAUACAAACCAAUGCCAAUACCAAUCCUACUACCGGUAUUAUGUAUGGUUUUCGCACCCGACAUUUAUCCUGCAUUGAAGAAAAUGAUUCCGAUUCUUUGCAUUCGUCGUCGGUACCUAAACCCGCUUUCGAAAUGAUACAAGAUGUCGAUGAAAAAUUUAAAAAACUUGUCUCGGAGGAUGUUAAUAAUACCAGCCUUACUUCCUGGCCCGAUAAUGGGGAAGAUGAAGUGGAUCAUAUGGUUAUGAUAGAUGAGUCUAGAAUGUAUGAUAUGGAAUAUCUAGAUGAACUAAGUGCCAGUCAGCUAGUGACCAAAGAGCUAGAGGAAGAAGAGCAAUUUGGUGUUAAUGUUAGUGAAGUGUUAUGGCAAAGUACGGUGUCCGAACCGGCUCAUCGUUCGCGAUUUAAUGGUGGCCGCCCCCAGAUACCAGAUAUAAUGACUACCUCUUGCUAUGGUGCCUUAAACACUUCCUUUGGUAGUGAAAUGUCCGGUCCGCCAGCCUAUGCUGAACAAACUACACCCACAAAACAACAACGUGCACAAAAUAAACCUGAACCUAUUUAUGCCACACCCGAUAAACGUCGUGAGUGUAAUCGUAGUUUUGAUUCGUCUUGCCCCUCACAAUCUAGUUCAUUGUAUGGCGGCUCAAUGACUUCUUCAUUGGAUUUAAAAUGUAUGAGCGCUUCGGGUUAUGGUGCUCAUAAUUUUGGUUUAACUCGCAAUGCCAAUAAUAAUCCUAUGGAAAUAUCUAGUAUUUCUAUGGAUAACUCAAAAUCGGAAUGGAAUUCGACUGGAGAUAGUGGUGCAGUUUUGGGUGUUAUUUCACCCACUGAGGAUAUGUCCGAUGAAACGGCUAUGCAGUGUAUUACGGCAGCAGAAAAUGAUUUGCAAUCUAUACGCCGUUUAUUGGAACAUGAUACCAGCGGUUCGGUUUGUCCCAGUUGUCGCAUUUCAUUCGACAAAGGUAAACGACGAAAACUAAUCGAUACUUGUGGUCAUGAACGUUGCUAUUCCUGUAUGUUCCGCAACGAUCAGUGUCCGAUGUGCAUGAAUAGUUCGCUAAAAGAUGUCGAUUGUAGCAAUGCCCAAGGCUAUGACACGGGCAUUGGUGGUUCAACAUCAACGAUUGUAAGCCCUCUGGGCUCACCACAACCUCAGUUGCGAUCACAAGUGCAACGUACAAAUGCAGCCGCUGUGGCUAGAUACAUGCAGCAUAACCGGCAGGAGUCUAUAUCACCUGAAUAUCAUCGUUAUGCCAGUAUUGGUAAAUUACCCAAGGCUGGUGUUGUGACAGCAGGCAACUCAACAACGUCCUCAUCAUCAUCGGCAACAACAGCAGCAACAGCAUCAGCAAAAGCUGGACUACAACAAUAUACCGUUACAGCGGAUAUUCAUAAUAACAACGGUCUCAUCAGCCAUGGUCAUAACAAUAACGGUACAUCAUCAUCAUCGUCCAUCAUUUCAACAAACAAUGGCCACAGCAACAACAAUAACAAUCAAACCACCACAACAUUCAGCAACAAUAAUAAUAGCCACCAUCAUCACUACAACCAUCAACAACAUCAUCAUCAUCAACCUUUACAUGCUACAAAUGGUGUUGGUAAUGGUAGUAGUGGUGCUGCUGCAGCAACUACAACAACUGCCACAUCUAAUAACUAUAGCGAAAUUCAUGCCUCAUCAUUUGCCACACCACCGACACGCCGUCGUUUUUUCAAUCAUAAAAAUUUGCGCAACGCUUUAACCGGUGUCAGUGGUGUUGUUGCCGGUCAUCGUCGUACCGCUUCGAAUGGUGGUAGUAGUGGUUGUCCCAUUGAUACAGCCUCGAUAUUAUCUGAAGGCAAAGAAACGAAUGCUUUAAAUACAUCAACCUGUUCGGACUCGGCCGUAACACGACGCAGACGCAAGAAUGUCAGUAAUAAAUUAACCUCAUCAUCAUCGGAAUCAACAACGGGCAGUGAAAAUCGUUUAAAUCGUUUAAGUUUGGCUGGCACUUCGGUGUAUGCUGGUCAUUUGUCAUCGUUAGUUUUGGGCAAAAUUAAAUCACUUUGGAGUGUAAAUUCCAAUUCAGCAGAUGGCGGCUUAAAUCAAUUUACAGGAAGCGAUCAUUUGGUUAGCGAUCAUUGUAUUUCGGCUGCCGAGAAACAAAAAGAUCAAUUAAGAGCCCGUUUGGGUUUAUUGUUGGAUCAUGAUCAAAAUGGCAAUACCAACACUACCACCAGCAGCAGUUCUUCUCAGAACAUCAGUCCAGAACAAACCUUGGCCACUGGCAGCUCUGGUCUUUCGGUGGAUCAUUUUGGUGGCAGUCAAUUAUCGGUGGCCACUAAAGAGGAUACCUAUAGUUUAUGCGGCAAAUUAAAAGCCUGUUCUUUAACCGAUAGCAAUGGUUAUGAAGUAUUUCCGGUUAAGGCUCGCAAAGCUGUGGCUAGAAGAUCGGCUCGUUCGGCUCAAUUGGGUGUGAAUAAUAAACGUAAUGCUAUCUAUAAAUCUUCAUCCUCCUCUGUACAACCUGCCAUUCAAUUAGCCUUAAAACCUUUGUUCUUUGAAGUGCCGCUACAAGAACCAGAUCCACCUUUCAUUGGACGCCAAUGGCUGAUACGAGAACUUUCGAAUACCUUAACUGCCACCGAAACUCCAGGUGUAUUGAUUAAUGGCAAUCCGGGCACAGGAAAAACUGCUUUUAUUUUACAACUUGUGGAAUAUUCCUGUUUUGGCAGACGCAAAAAUACCAAUGACAGUGAACCAGAUGGCAUCUAUUAUCAAAUCAGCACUGCCAGUGAUCGUAUGCGGGCCUUGGCUUCCUAUGUAGUAGGCUAUCACUUUUGCCAAGCUGAUGCUAAUCUUACAUGCUUAGUGCCCGAUUUUGUGCAUUCUCUUGCCGCCCAAUUAUGCCAGGCUCCCCAGUUGGCCGCCUACAGGGAUUAUCUCCUUAACGAGCCUCAUCUGCAGGACAUUUUGAGUGUUAAAGAGUGUAUAGCUGAUGCUGAACGUGUUAUGCGUAUGGCCAUUUUGGAGCCCUUAACAUUUCUCAAGAGAUCGGGUAAAAUACCCACUAAAACUUGUGUCAUCUUGGUGGAUGCUUUGUGUGAGGCAGAAUAUCAUCGUCCUGAUCAUGGUCACACUAUUGCCACUUUUCUUGCCAAAAUGACUCAAUACUUUCCCUCCUGGUUGAAAGUGGUGGCAACCGUGAGAACCCAAAUGUUGGAGUUUGUCAAGGGUUUAUCGUAUACGAAAAUGACUUUGGAUAGCUGGGCCUCAAAUGAUCUUUUGCAAAAGGAUAUGCUGGACUAUAUAACGUUCCGUGUUAAUAAUAGUACGGAUAUUCAAAAAAAUGUGGCGGUGAUUAAGGAUCACAAUACCGGACAAUUGAAGUUCAUUGGUCAUUUGCAGUCUUUAACUAAAGGUUCCAUGUUGUAUGCUAAACUUAUAUUGGAUCUUAUAGAAAGAGGUCAAUUGGUUAUCAAGUCCACCAGUUAUAAAGUGUUGCCCGUAUCUUUAGCUCAAAUAUUUUUGUUGCAUUUUAAUUUACGUUUUCCCACCUCGUGCAGUUUUGAAAAGGCUUCGCCGAUUUUGAAUGUUUGUUUGGCAGCCUUAUACCCCUUAACUCUUAAUGAGAUCUAUUACACCAUUUGUUCUAUGAAAACUGAUGAGGUCAUGCCCUGGGAUGAAUUUUUACAAAGAUUUAAACUAUUAGACGGUUUCCUUAUCAAGCGCAUAGAUAACACAUACAUGUUCUUCCACUCCUCAUUCCGGGAGUGGUUAAUACGCCGAGAUGAGGGUGAAUCACCAAAAUUCUUAUGUGAUUUCCGUUUAGGACAUGCUGCCAUAGCAUUCCGUCUAUCACGUUUGCAGGCUCCUUUAGAUGCAGAACAAACAUUGGAAUUGGGUCAUCAUAUGCUAAAGGCUCACAUCUAUCGCAACAAUCAAGGACCCCAAUCCCCCAGGGACAUGCAAUCGUUUUGGAUUUCAUCGGUGGCUGAUAAUAUCUCUGCUGCUUUAGGCUCUUUGCGCAAUGUCUACAGUCCGAAUUUGAAAGUAUCUCGUUUGAUUUUGCUAGCCGGAGCUUCACCCCACUAUCGCACCGAAUUUAUGGGUGAUGCCACUAUAUUGUGUAUAGCAGCUCAUGAGGGUAUAGUGCCUAUGGUUAGUUUGUUGCUGGAAUUUGGAGCAGAUGUAGGUCUCACCAAUAGCCAAGGUUGCACUCCUUUAAUAUUGGCUGCCAUGAAAGGUCAUUGUGAUGUUGUACGUUUACUUGUGGCGGCCGGCAGUAGUUUAGGUCAAUGUGAUACCACUCAAAGGUGUGCUCUAGUCCAGGCCGCUCGCAUGGGUAGAUUGAAUGUGGUUAAAUAUUUAUUGGCCUGUGAUUGGACUCCACGACCUAAUUCCUCGGAUGUAACGCUACCAGCAGCUUUACAUCAAGCUUUAAUAGCAGCAGCUUCACAGGAUCAUAUUACUAUAUUAGAAGAUCUUUUAGAUAUGGAAGAUAUUGAUAUCAAUGUAGUGGAACCUACUUCAGGAGAUUUGGCUUUGACCUCAGCCGCCCGCAAUGGCUGCUUAAAUACAGUGGAAAUAUUAUUAACACGUGGAGCCAAUAUAGAUUUACACAAUAAACAUGGUUUUACGGCUUUGGGUUUAAGUGUCAAAGAGGGUCAUUGGGCUGUGGCCGAAAAACUCUUACAAAGUGGUGCUGAUUUAGAUGAACCAGUUACCUCGGCUAGAAAGACUUCUUUGAUGAUAGCAGCCGAAGAGGGUCAUUUGGAAAUAAUGGAACUGUUAAUUGAACGGGGUGCUAGUUUAGAAACUCAAGAUCAUGAGGGUUUCACUGCGCUUUCAUGGGCCUGUUUAAGGGGUCGCCAAACAGCCGCCAAAAUACUUAUAGACAAGGGUUGCAACAAAAAUCAUGCCGACAACAAUGGACGCACCGGCUUAGAUUUGGCUGCCUAUCAGGGUUCAGCCAGUCUAGUGCAGUAUUUAUUGGAACAAGGUGCCAAUAUAGAACAUGUUGAUGUCAAUGGCAUGCGACCCUUGGAUAGAGCCAUAGCUUGCCGUAAUAUACAGGUGGUGCAGGUGUUCUUGAGAAAAGGUGCUAAGCUAGGACCCACCACUUGGAGUAUGGCGAUGGGUAAACCAGAAAUCUUAGUGGUUUUACUUAAUAAACUAUUGGAAGAUGGCAAUGUACUCUAUCGUAAGAAUCGUUUUCAAGAGGCUGCCCAUCGUUAUCAGUAUGCUAUAAGGAAAAUUUCAAAUUUGGAAACAUUGCUCGAGAGAAGUGCUAUAUUUGCUCAGUUGAGAACAAAUCUAUUAUUAAAUCUAUCUAGAUGCAAGAGAAAACUUAAUGAACUUGAAGAAUCAAUAGAUUUGGCAACUCAGGCUAUAGCACAAAAACCCAACAGCUAUGAAGGUUAUUAUGCCCGAGCUAAAGCACGCAUGGAGCAUGGUGAUCUCAAUGAAGCUCUGGUCGAUGCCAAUGAAGCCAUGCAAAAAGCCGCACAAACGGGAGUCUUAAGCGAUGUAGUCGAAGUAUUAAAACGUAUACAAUCCGAACUACUAACACGCAUAACAAAUGAGGGACGUAAUCAAACCUCUACAUCUUCGUCCGGUUACGAAGUGUGCAGUGGUGGUUUAGGUGCUGCAGCUAACUGUAACAAUGGUGCCUUAGAAUCUCAACAUGAGAUAACUGAUUUGUAGUAGAGUUCUAUAGAUUUAUGUUGUUUCUAAUUUAAUUUUUUUUAAGCAUAAAACGAAAAAAAGUUUAUUUUUUUUAAGAAAAAUAUCAGAAUUUAUAAAUUUUAAUUAUUAUACUUUGCGCAAUUUGUAUUUAUUUUAUAUUUUGUCUUAAUUAUAAAAAAAAUGUUUAAUUUAUAAUAAAUUAUUUUACUUCAUAAUAUUCUUUAGGUUCUUAUAAUCUUUAAUUAGUUGGAAUAAUUUUUCUUUUUAUUAUAUUUAAAAUGUUUUUUUUUUUCUUCAAUAUUUUAUUAUAUAAUAUUUGAUAAGACAAAUAAUCUUAAUAAUAAAACAUAAAGUUUUCUUUGUAUGUAUAUUUUUUAGAAAAGGGC